UACCCAAAUGCCUGCAGUCGGCCCCACCUUCCCCAUCUCUCUGUCACCCUGCCGUCUAACUAGUCGGGUUGGGUUAGGACUGGGAAUGUGUGGGGGAGAAGCACAAGAGGAGAGGAAGGCAGGGAAGGCGGAGGCAGAAAGAUCCCUUCCAGAUCUUGUCUCCUCGUCCUCAGCAGAAGGCUCGCACCCCAAAGAGGCCAGAGAGACACCAGGAGCAGGAGGAGGAGGAGGAGGAAGCAGCAAUUGGCAUAGAACCACCCUGUGGAAUGGAACAAGGAAGAAACCCAGGUGCCCAGCUGACUGCCCAGUAUCGGUUUUAACCUCAGAAGUGUUAUUCUCACUUGGAGGGGGUCAUCUGCUGAACUUUGGCCAACUUCCACCAAGGACCACCAUGCAGAGUUUGACCAGCCGGGUCCCCUUUCCUGGGGAAUUCCUGCUAGUAGCCUGCCUUGUGGGCUUGUGGGCUCCCCUGAGCCAAGCUACCAUUGGCAGCGUCCCUGUUGUGUCCAUCCCGGAGACCCCCGCUGAGGGUCAGAACGUCACAUUUGCCGUGGUCAACGUGACGGGCACUAUUCGCCAAAUCGACUGGUACCGAGGCGUGGCGACGGACGGUUCGACCCGGCUCUUCAGUUACUUCCCUGGGAACGGCAACCCGCAGCGGAACGGGGUGCGACAUACAGGGAGGGAAUUUGGCUUCCCCAACGGGUCCCUUCUCAUCACCAGGGUCAGGCCCAACGACAGCAAGGUCUACACCGUGAUGCUUCUGAUGCGCCCCAAAGGCUCUCUCAAAGGGUCCAUCGAACUUCAGCUGGCACACUCAACUACUACCACCCCACCACCUACAACUCCCACCACAGAGGCACCUCCUGUGAAGGAGCUCACCAAACCUUCUUUGAUGCUGGGCUGGAUUGUUGCUGGAGUCGUGGUUGGCAUCCUGCUAGCGGGGGCUGUCGGGGCUGUCCUGGUCUACCGCUUCGUCUUACAGAAGGCAGACCCAGGCACGGGGAUGCCAGGAAGACUGGAUGCAAUAGGGAAAAAGCCACCAGCACCCAAACAUGGUGACAAGGAGCCCAUUUAUGAAAUGAUGGAUUCGCCUGUGGAAUCGCCCAGAGGAGAAGGGAAGGAGCCUCCCCCAAUGUCUGGACCUCUCCCUAAAUGUAAGCCCGUCAUCACGCUUUGCAGUUUGCAAGCCGGCCCGACCACUGGGACUACAAAGGGAAGCAUCGCCUGACAUCGCUAUGAAGUCAGGUGAUUGACAGGAGUUACUACGCAGAGCAGAAUCUAUUUACGCCGAGAUCAAGAGGUGAUUCUGUGCCUUGAAAGGUGCUACUCUGACUGCCCCCCCCACUCCCCUGCCAGCUCCCUCGUUCCCUGGGAACCGACCCAUUCCAGUAUUUUGGGAUGCGAAUUCUCCAUCUCCCGUAAUUUUGCUCUCUCUUGUCUGUUGCUGGCGGAACUAGAAUCCCUUUGUCUUAAGACUGUGCAUACAGCGAAGAAUUUCAACCUACCGCCAAGUUCAAAGGCGAUCGAGCCGAGGACUUUUCUCCUGAUGGGAUGGAGGAGCAAGACAGAGCUUGCUGUUGCCUGGGCAGUUCGAUCUCAUCUCUUCCUAAAAAUGGACCACCACGCGUGGCUAAAGUUGUGCUCCUUUUCAAGGAAUCCUGGCGGCGGGAGGAAAUAUUUCUGCUUGUGGUUGUGAUUAUUUUGGUCUUCUGGGCUUUUUUGAUAAUUCCGUUUUUUGGUUUUGUUUUGUUUUUAAAUAGCAGCAAUCUGCUUUGGUGCUGAGAAAGUCUUUCUGUUUCCUGGAGGGCUGCUCUGCAAAGUGUUGGAGGGGUGCUCUGCCUCCCCCCCGCCACCCCCAAGAACCACUUUCUUUGCAAGCUGUAGAUCAGGAAAGGGGAGGCCACCCACACAAACACACAAACAUACACAC